AUGCACGCUCACCACGUCUUCCAGCAUGGCCUCAACCUGCCGGAAGAGCUCGAAAUGCUGCGCCACAAACUGCGCGUCCUCCAAGACGUCGUUGAUCGCCACGGCCUGGCGUCGCGCGUAGCCCCCUUCAUGUCCGACGUUGAAGAGGCUCGCGCGAUUCAACACCGUUGCGAAUGCCUCGAAGUUGCUUACGCUGACUCUCUUUCUCUUUCUCUUUGCUCCCGCAAAAUAGACGUGGAUGCCGUCGAGCCCCUGAGAGGCUCUUCGCGAUCGGCGCCGCCAGGGUUCGGCUCUUGGCUGGACAAGCAUCUGGAGCUGCACGACCCUGUCCUCCGGGCCCAGCGGGAGUGCGGCAGCGAAGUUGUGUCCAGCGCUUAUCCGCUUCCCUCUCUAAAGUGCUGGGACGACCGGUGCAUCCACUACGUUUACGGUUUUCCCACCGAGCUUGAUCGGAGCAGCCACGCCCGAAUGCAUGCCACUCACGCAAAGAGAGACUCGGAGCUCUCUGCCGCCAGUUCGACGCUGUCCUCGUCGUCGGUCCUCGCCUCUGGACACGGUCCAUAUCUGUCCAAUGCCUCUGAACCGUCCGGCCCGUCGCCUCUCAUGCACCUUCCACGCCCCGCCCUGUCCUCCAAGCUCCCUCCUCUCAGAAUCCCGACGCCGUCGAACGAACGGCGAGACUCGCUCAUAACCUACGCAUACUCCAGCCAGCGCUCCGCCGCCCCGAGGAGCGCCGUCGACGCCGAUGUCGAGCCCCUCCUCCCGCCAUUGAAGAGGAGCAGGGUCGGCAGCUUGCCUCGUCUCGAGUCCAUCGGAGAGCUUCGCCUCUUUCACGACCAGCGGCCAUGCCUCCGCUGUAAAGUGACCAAGAAGGAGAAACCAGCCGUGUUCAGCCUGCUCAAAUUUGCCAUUGAUAAGCUCCGAGGACCAUUGGGCCGUCAUUGGGUGCUUCCGCAGCUCCCUCAGCGCUUUUACCGACUACUUAUUGCCAGGUAUACCGAUUUGGUUCACCCUUCUUCUUCUUUCCCACUUCGUAAUGCCUCGCUUUGUGUCUCCAUGUCUACUCACGUUAGAACAUGUAUGGACUAUCGAGAUGCCUUUUGGUGGUCUGGACAACAACAAUCCCAUCGAAGAUUCGAUGGAUACAACGAAACGCAGCAGCUCACUCAAGACAUGGUCAACCGGCCUCCGCCUAUUCUCUGCGCUCUGGCUGCCAGCUGGAAUUGCCAGGAGACAUCGGGUAGCCCACUCGAUCUCCUGAGGUAUACCGGAUACAUAUCCCAGUCUCGCGAGGCCGAGGAGUCACAUUACCCAGUCUUAUAUCAUGCAAAGGUGUUGCUCCGCGAAACCGCAUUCUACUGCCUUUUCCACCCCAAACCCGUCCUCCAGUUGGAUCCCAGUUUUGGAUAUCAGCCUCCAUCGGACCGCCUAGAUUUUACCGGAGAGCACAGCCGCCUCGUCGAACAGGCCAUGGUGACAUUUUUGCAGUCUUUUGAGGCCGUUUCUCUGAGAAAUUCUCCUCUUCAAUCAAAGGAAUGGCUGGCUGUUUUUUACUCCUUGUGCAUAUUCAGCAUAGUUCGCACUCUGCUUAUGGACCUCGCUUCGAUAUCCCUGCUGCCUUAUCCCGCAUUCCGACAUCAAAGCCCACUCAGAGAUAGCCCUCAGAACACGAUAGACAGCGUAUACAAGGCCCUAGUCCACUUGUUCAUCACGAGCGGACCAAUGUUGACGGAUGGCUCCCCCAGCGAUGUGCCGCAGGAUGAUGUACCCGUGUAUGAGCUCACGCGGCGCAUUAUGCGCAUGGAUACGUGGCAGGCCCGAAAUAUUCGCUCCAGUGCAGAUUUCCUCAUGAGUUUAGGAAGCGGAACCAAAGAUAUGUUUGGAUUCAACGGCUUCAUCCGUCCUGGACGACCAAUUCCUACCCCCCAUAAUGAUCCUCAGCUGUCAACGCCCCAGUCCAUCUCGGCACGUGAGCCGCGCUGGUCAUCUGUGGGAAGCUCUGCAUUUCCUCCAGCGCCUUCGCACAGGGAAAUACUACUUGGACCGCGUCCAGAGGCGGUGGAUGAUGCCAAUAUCAAUCGCGGGGGCGUCUCGUCUUCCUUGAGUCAGCCGGUCCCAGAACAUGUUGGACGUGCCAGGCGGCAUACGGUCGCAGGAGACCCAACGAACACAUCGAGCCCAAUCUUCGGAAACCACUUGACACCCAUGAGAUUCAAGCCAGCCUACCAAAGACCACCCCUACGGCGCGUGUUUUGCCGCAAGUGUAAUGAAUAUCCCGAAGGAUUUCGCGGCGAACACGAGCUGAGACGCCAUACAGAUGCUAAACACGCAGCGCUAGUAAAGCGAUGGGUUUGCUGCGAGCCUGAAGGGCAAAGCCCGGCAUCUCCGCAGCCAGCCAUUCCCCUCUCGAGUUGCAAAGCUUGCGUUAUGCAGAAGCACUAUGGCGCCUAUUAUAAUGCGGCGGCUCAUCUUCGCCGAGCUCACUUCAACCCCCACCGAGGAGGCAAGGCCAGCGGAGAUUGGCCGCCCAUGUCUUUGCUGAAGGACUGGAUGCGCGAAGUGAGGCAAUCCGUGGCAGAAGUGGGCGGGGAUGGGGACAAUGACAUGUCGAAUCCGAUACCAUGGGAAAUGGUCUCACGGAGCCCAGCCGGCAGGUUAGCACCGCCGCCCCCGCCUCCUCCGCUGUCACUGCCGCCGCCAUCGUCCCAACCGUCGCUACCACACCACCUAUCGAGACCUAUACCGACACCGCCGGCACCCGAAAACCGUAGCAGAUGCCCGUUUCCCGACUGCGGACGUGUGUUCAAAGACCUGGCCGCUCAUAUGCUCACGCACCAGGAGGAGAGGCCCGAGAAGUGUCCCAUUGAAUCGUGCGAGUAUCACACCAAGGGCUUUGCUCGCAAGUACGAUAAAAACCGCCACGCGCUCACACAUUACCGAGGAACCAUGGUUUGCCCGUUUUGUCCAGGGGUCGGCUCAGCCUACGCAAAAGCAUUCAAUCGAGCCGACGUGUUCAAGCGCCACCUUGCCGCGGCUCACCAGGUCGAGCAGGCGCCUCUGCAUAGUCAUACGACCAACAGAGGCGGCCGGCUCAUUACGCUGUCUGCUAAUUCAGGGGCUAGUGCCAUCUGUUCCAUUUGCAACAACCGCUUUGCCGCACCGCAGGACUUUUAUGAGCACCUAGACGACUGCGUGCUGAGCGUCAUCGUUCCAGCAGGUACUCGAGUGGCGAUGGAAACGAAUAACGAUGCUAACGACGAAGAUAAAAAGCCAGUAAGAGGAGGAUCCGCUGGGGCCGGAGCCGGAGCCGGAGCCGGAGCCGGCGCCAGCGCAACCGCGGAACGGGCAGCCGGGAAUGGGAAUGGGAAUGGGAAUGGGAAUGGCAACGGGACUGGGACAGGAACCAUUGACGGUACACAGGGAAUGAUUUACAUAAGAAGAGCGAAAAAGGCUGCCCGGAUGGAAUAA